UGAUAGGACUGUAAUUGGAGAAGAUGUGCCUCAGGCAACAGAUGCAGCGGCGCCAUCACAGUGGAGAAGCGCUCACACAGUCAAACUAGGUCCUUUAGGAACUUUUAUUUCUAUUUUAUUUUUACAAUAAUUUGACAGUCCAAGCCACCUUCUAAUGAGAACUUUUCAAUGAAGAGCUUUUAGACCAAUAUUUCUGCAUGAAGCAGAGAGCAUAACCAUCUGAAGAUGUUUCCCACAGCACUUUUUCCAUAUGCUUUUUUACUUGGGAUUGCGCUACAAUUUGUCCAGACAAAAAUCUACACAAACCGCUGGGCAAUUAAAAUAACUGGAGGUCCUGAUGCUGCUGAUCUUAUUGCAGGAAAGUACGGAUUUGUGAACAUGGGCCAGAUUGGUGGGCUAGUGGACCAUUACCAGUUCCAUCAAAGUGGAAUCAUCAAACGGUCCACAAUUAAAAGCAGAGGAAAGCACAUUCUCAUCACCACAGAGAACAAGGUGAAGUGGAUCCAGCAACAGAUGGUUCAGAAGAGAGUUAAAAGAACCAACACAAUGGACCAAACCCUCGUCACCAGCUUCAAUGACCCUAAAUGGGACAGCAUGUGGUACAUUCACUGCGAUCACAACUGCUUGACCGACAUGAACAUCCAGGCCGCCUUAAAGGCUUCAGUGAUCGAAAGACUAUUCUCCGAAAAGCUGUUAGGAAGCUUGUUUUUCCAGCUCUGCGUGUCAAGGGCUGUGAAGUCUGCUUGGAACAAACCUGCCCUCUUUGCAGAAAAGCUCUACCUGGCUAUGAAGGGGUUAGGAACCGAUACUGAUACACUGACUAGAAUCAUUGUGAGCCGUUCAGAAAUUGACCUGCUGAAAAUUAUUCAAGAAUAUAAGAGGAUGUAUGGCAAAACCCUUCAGGAGGCCAUUCUGGUUUAG